CCACAAGAAGAAUGAUACGUGGCACAAUACUGUCGAAUCAAAUCACAGACUAUCCAUUAGAGCCACUAGCCAUGCACUUGUAAUCCUCUCUGAAAACUCUUCUCCUUCUCGUUACAGCUUCCAUUAAUUAACCUCUAUACUUUUGGAUUCUUGACUUCUGGAAAGAAAGCCAGCCAUGUCUCUGGCUCCAAGUAGCUAUCCAUCUCUCUACUCUUCAUCAACAUUGCCAAGAAGUAUAUGUAUCUCCACCACCAAGCAAAACCCACUUCUCUUCUCCCAAACCAAUCCCUUUUCAUCUAAGAAUUACUCAUCUUUCUGGACUUCAACGUCUUUCUCCAAUGACCAUUUACUAAAGCCCUCGAAUUUUACUGUUAAAGCAUCGGAAACUGAGUCCAAGACAUCCGAAUCAGAGAGUGGAAGUGAAGGAGGAGAAGAGGAGUAUGAAGAGUAUGAAGUAGAAUUGGUUCAGCCUUAUGGCCUCAGGUUUGCAAAGGGCAGAGAUGGUGGGACUUAUAUUGAUGCUAUUGCACCUGGUGGAGAUGCUGAUAAGACUGGGUUGUUCACUGUUGGGGAUAAAGUUAUUGCCACCAGUGCUGUGUUUGGGACAGAGAUAUGGCCAGCUGCUGAGUAUGGGAGGACUAUGUACACCAUCCGCCAAAGAAUUGGUCCACUGCUCAUGAAAAUGCAGAAGAGAUACGGGAAGACGGAAAAUGCAGGCGAAUUAACAGAAAAGGAAAUCAUCAGAGCUGAGAGGAACUCAGGUGUCAUUAGUGACAGAGUGAGGGAAAUUCAAAUGCAAAAUUACUUGAGGAAAAAAGAACAGAAACAACAAAGAGAAAAGGAUCUUCGGGAAGGCCUGAUACUAUACAAAAAUGCCAAAUAUGAGGAAGCACUGGAGAAAUUUGAAUCUGUAUUGGGAUCAAAACCGGACCCCAAUGAAGCUUCAGUGGCAAGUUACAAUGUUGCCUGUUGUUAUUCUAAGCUUAAUCAGAUAAAAGCUGGGCUGUCUGCACUUGAAGAUGCCAUGCUAGCAGGAUUUGAAGAUUUCAAGAGAAUCCGGACAGAUCCUGACCUUGCCUGUUUAAGAGCAUCUGAAGAAUUUGAGCCUCUUCUCAAAAGGUUUGAUGAAUCGUUUAUCAACGAGAAUGCGAUCAAUGCCAUCAAAUCACUAUUUGGCAUAUUCAACAAGGAAUAGAACUGUCAAUUGGCCUCAUAGAGUAUAGGAUAUAACUUGGACAUUAUACACAAUGAGUCACAAGAAGCUAGUUAUUGGCAAGAUGACCCAGACCGCCUACUGCUUCAGAUAAUAAGUUUCUCCUGUAUGAUUUUGUUCAUAGCAUUACUUUCUGGUGAGUUUGAAGAAAUUCAGCCUAAUUUAUCAUGGGAAGUUGCUUUUUACUACUCUUUCUCAGAGCAUAGUCUGUAAUAUGUAGUCCUAUUGACAGGAAUGAUUGAAGAGAAUUAAGCUGGAAAGCAAAUGUUUCAUUUGUGCA